AUGACCUCACUACCCUCAGUCACCCCAGUUCAAGUUGAAACGACGACGUUUUCGCCGACCACCAAGCCUCCCGGCUCCGCCAACAUCCUCUUCCUCGGCGGUACAGGGGUGAGGGGUCUGCCGAUCGAGGGCAAGUUUGUGAAGUUCACGGUGAUCGGGGUGUACUUGGAGGAUAACGCCGUGCCUGUCCUCGCCAUCAAGUGGAAGGGCAAGACGGCCCAAGAGUUGGCGAACUCCGUCGAGUUCUUCAAGGACGUCGUCACAGGUCCAUUUGAGAAAUUCACACUGGUGACGUUCAUACAGCACUUAACUGGCCGGCAGUACUCAGAGAAAGUUGCAGAGAAUUGCAUUGCCUCUUGGAAAUCAGCCGGAUUUUACAGCGGCGAAGAAGCCAAAGCCAUUGAAACGUUCCUAGAGGUCUUCAAAGAUCAAACCUUUCCUCCAGGCUCCUCUGUCUCUUUCGUUCAAUCACCACCACAUGGUUCAUUAACGAUUAGCUUCUCGAAAGAUGGAUCCAUCCCACAAGUGGGGAACAAGGUGAUGGAGAAUAAACUACAUGGAGAGGCAAUUCUGGAGUCGAUCAUCGGAAAGCACGGUGUUUCGCCAGCGGCAAGGCAAAGCUUGGCCGAGAGGUUAUCGGAUUUGUUGACUGAGAAGCCUGAACUGUUGGGGGUUGGAAAGGCCACAAACCAAGUUGAGGUUGGGGCAACUGAUCAGAGAGAAGAGAAAUGA